AAAAAUCUUGGUCUGUUUAUUUUAAGUCACUGUUUCUCCAAAACAGGCUUCACUGAACUUUUGACCCUGGCAGCUCUGUUUCGUUUGACACAUGUAUGGUGAUCUUUACUAAGCUUCGCACAACACAUUUGUGCAGCAGUCCAGACUUGUUUUCGUUCACUUUAAUCAUAAAUGUCGCAAAAAAAGAAGAUACUCAUAGAUUACAAUUGAUAGACACCGCGUGGUCUCGUGCGUGGCAAGCUCGCGUGCAAGUCCUCGAUGGUGUCUAUGGACGCUCCAUUGUCUUCACCUGGUGGUGCCCUGGGAAGUCUGGCAAAGUGACAGAACAGUUUUUAGUUUUCCAGGCUUUGCCUUCUUGCUGACAUCAAACUGCGAUUAAAGUCACUGCAUUCUAUGGCUUCGCGCCAUCGAAAAGUUUACUUUAAAACAAGUUCGUUCCCAUCAGAAUUCCAAUUUCAUGACAAAUAAUACAUUCCACUGUUGGGAUUGCGAAAUAUUUAUGAAUAUUAACUGCUAAUUUUAAACAGUGGGGGUAGCAUAUUAUUCCAGAAUACCUAUGCUGUAGUUUUAUCGCUCACAGUGCAAAUAUCUUUAGGAAGAAAAUUGAUGGCAAUGUACAUCCAAAGACACUUUUAGACAGCAACUUCUUAAUAGUUAAGCGUCCGUAAAGGGUUUCUGCUAUCAGUUGUCGGCUACAUUUAUUUCAGAAUUCUCCCCGAAAAAAAUCCAAGCAACCAACUUUAUGCACCAUCCUUCUGUACUGACGGUACACUCGAGCAAUGCUGUGCUCGGUAUAUUGGAAAGAGGGAACAGUGCACUUGAUAAAGGUUGCCAAAAAAAAAAAAAAAAAAAAAAAGAAAGAAAAGAAAAGAGAAAAAACAGGUCAAUAAUGUAACUGUAUGAAAACGAUCAUCGAAGAUAGCAAAAUAUUUUGUCAGCGGCACUUGCGAUAUAGGAAAAGACACCUAAACAUUGGUAUCAACGGUACAACUUCUUCUCAUCCCCUUCGUCAAAAGAUACAAGGCACACAAUGCUGAUGUUUUACAAUUUUCCUUUUAUGAAACAUUGAUAUGUAUACACAUAUAUAUUUCCAAAAUGUAUAACAACGAGAAAUUACAAAUUGACAUUUACGUUUCCUUAUUUACAGCUCUGAAGUCGCAAAGGUGGGAAUGUUAUUUAGACAGUGAGAGCCGCCUAAAAUCGAUCUUUCACCUGUAGAGGAAUCGACCUUUCACCUGUAGAGGAAUCGAUCUCUAACCUGUAGAGGGAUCGAUCUUUCAACUGUAUAGGAAUCGAUCUUUCAACUGUACGGUGGGUGAUUUAGCGAGAGGUGACCUUACCGCUGUGCACAGUCUAGUUUAUGGUAUGUAUGUUCAAGGUGCACACACACUUAGAUAAGAAAUACCUAUUGUCCAGCUGGUCUCUUGCCAAACUUUCGCACCUGGAUGAUAAGGGACAGGUAGAACUACUUCUACUUUCGUCUGGCGCAAUGUGAAGGUGUGAGAAACUCUGUAGUCGCCGCUUUUGAUGUGCAAACGGCCAUGCCGCCAUAGGUGUGGGAGUAACCGCCGGCUUCGACUGACUGCGUGAUGUAAAGUUAAUGAACAAAAAAUCCCAGUCUGAAAGGCUUUUAUCCCCUGCUUUGGUUCCCUACAAGAAAAAUCCCAUAAUUUGAAAGACUUGGGAUCGACAGCGGUGACUGAAUAUGAUACUAAAGUUCAGCUUCCUCGUCAUUGGCAGUAAUAUAGCAAGAAAGCAAGCAAGCAAACAGGGAUAGAGGAGGGGAACGGCCAGGGGUUCGAGUUUCACCGAGUCAAAGCCAAUUCUUGAAUUUUUUUUCCCCCGACAUCUAUCUCGAGCAAGCUAGAGAUGUCUGGCGGCCGCUGAAAAUUCUUCAGGAGCCCAGAUGCACGAGGUGACUUGCUGAGGUCACGAUGUCAUGACCGAGGUCCGUGAGCAGCUUUGGAAGCAGUUGCAUGCCUUCCUCGGUGCACGCGGACUGCUCGCAAUUUCUGGAAGGAUCGCCUGCACGAGAGAUGUAUGAGAAAAGCGGAAAGUGGUAAAUGAGCAAACGUCUGACAGAAGAUAAAAUAAAAAGUUAAUAACAUAGGCGUCUCACAUCUCUGCUGGAACCUGGCAGUGAAAAAUGAAUAUCACGAACUCCCUAUGGGAACCGCUCCCGAGUUACCCCCCGCUGAGGCCUCCUGAAGUCCGGAAGGAAGAAAUUUUCAAGGAAGAAGAUUAUGCAACCGUUGACUUGAGAGCAAGAAUGGCGCCAGCUACACUGAACACGAGCUUCGAAAAGCUUCUGAACUACCUCGUGCACGACUUGACCACAGACCUGCAGAAGGUGAGGUCGAUCUUCUGUUGGAUGGGGGCGCAGAGAGUUGGAACCAGGCAGGUAAUGAACAAUGACCUGAGCCCUGGCAGCCCCGAAUACCUGACAAAAAAGGCGUACAUGAGCGGGAGAAUGGUCGGGGAGCUGUUUGCCACCCUGUGUAGGAAAGCAGGUGUUCCAUGCAUCCUGGUGAGAGGAAAAGGCAAGGGGUCGUCCUACGAGGUCGGCGACCAGCACAUAUCGGGAAGGAACACCUGGGCAGUUGUCUUCCUUGAAGGCAGCUGGAGAUUUGUCUUCCCACACUGGGCGUUCAUCGGCCUGAAUGCCUUCAGCACAGGACACUGGACACUGGUAGAGGACAGCGGCAAACCCGCUAGGGACCGGCCCAGCGCAAGCGACGGUGUUUUAGAAGCUUAUGUAGACGAGUUCUGGUUUCUGACCAAUCCAGACGUGAUGAACUGUAUCUGCCACCCGGACCAUGCUGAGUACCAGCUUCUGACCUCACCCUGGACAGAGAAGCAAUUCUUCUCCUUACCCUUUUAUCAAAAAGAAUACUUUUCAUCCGGAUGGAAACUUUUAAGCCCGGACUCGUGCGUCGUGGAAGCGAAGGACGGCAAAUGCUGCAUCAGUUUCCAAAGUCCCACGGGUGGAGAUAGCAGACUGGACUACAGGCUUUACUUCGACGAAAAACCACCCGAGAGAAAAUUUCCUGACGAGAUUCAAACUGAGCAUUACGUUAACAGAUUAAAGCAAGGAGAGAGGUUGAUGUCGCUGCUCGUUAAGCUACCCUUGCCUGGCGCUUAUCAGCUGGAAGUGAUCGGCAUUCACGACAACCAACGGUGCCAUCUUGUCAACUUCCGCCUGACCUGCCAGUCCGUGCCCCUUGACACUAGGCCGUUUCCUAGCAACCCUGACAUAGGCUACGGCUACGACGACACGGCGCGGUCGGCAGGGCUGUCUGACCCCUCCCACACGGACGGCCUUGUGGUAGUGUCCAGUGGCCAGGCCAUCGACUUCAGCUUCAAGGCGCAGCCCACGCUGGACGUCAGGCCGAAGCUCGUGCACAGGGAUCGCUCCCGCGAGGACCUGCGAGAUCACGUUUCGCUCUCGAGGACAGAGGACAAGGCCACGGUGACAGCGAGGCUGCCCGACGAUGAUGCCAGCCCAGAGUACGCGCUGGAGAUUGACGUCCUCAAACCACGUGACAGAAAACAGGAGAAUGGUGUUUCAACUUCAUGGCGCUCAGCCGGGGAAGAUGUUGACGGCCCGAUCAACAGGCCUGAAGAAAAAGAGUCCGUCAACGUCCUCAACUACUUGUUAACGUGUGAUCAGGACCUGAAUGUUGUCACCAAAGACGAACGGAAACAGCUGCUGCGAGACGUUAACGACGCACUGGAGAAAGGUGACUCCAUGCAGCUGGAGAGGGCUGUGUUUCGGUACAAGACUGCAGGCAUAUCAGACCUGGUGACGGAAGAAAAGAUUCUAGAAAAACAGCACAAGUAUGAGAGGAUUCGUGCAGAGGUGGUUGAAGCAGCCAAGUCCAAGGACAUAGAUCGCCAAGACAACGCCAUCAGAACUUGCGUUGCCUACAACCUCGAGGACAGAGGUGACAUCGGAAUGGCAAAGGAAAUGCUGAAGACACUGUGUGGAACCGUGGUUUACAAAGCCAUUGAAAGCUGCCAAAGGGGGGAGCUGCAAAAUGUUCUGAAGCGAGUGUCCUGUACAUGCGUGGGGGAAGCCGUUCAAACGGCGGCCUGUUACAAGGACGGUUUGCAGAUGUACGAGGAGCUGCGCCCGCUGGAUGAAAGCAGAGAGGAAAUAUCAACUCUUACGCAAGAAGACAAAAUUUCCCUAUGUAAACCCCCAAAACCAAUUCUUGAUGUCAUAUCUGCCACACUUAUCCUCCUUGGGGAGACUGAGGACGACCUUAAGUCUUGGCGGACUGUGUGGGGGAAACUUAACGGAGGGGAAGACCAAGAACCACUGUUUACUCGUAUGGCGAAAUACGACGACACUCGCCUGACUCAACAGCAAGUGCAGCGAGCAGUCGCCAUCUUAGAUCGUUGGUCUGGGGCGUUCGACGACAACUUGGUUGCUAGAAAGCUGUAUCUUUGGUGUACUAGAACGGUUGAGGUGUACCGGCUAAGACGGGAUCUCGGCUGCAGAAGAAUGAACGAAAAUCUUUAGAGUAUAGUACGAAAAUAGAAAAAAGACAGUCUUUAAGUGUUGAUGUUCUAAAUGUUUAUUGUGGGGAUUUAUUCUCAUCGCUUAUGUUAAACUGUUAUAUUGCAUGAUUCCAGUGUGUGUGCCGGCUUGAAAAUGAAAGGUAGCGAGUAACGAAAAGUAAUAACAAUGAAUUAGUUCUUUAUGAAUUCUUUAUAAACUUCAUUAUCUGUAGUAAUCAUCUUUUUAUACAUAUGAUGUAUAUAAUUUCAAGCAUAACUCCAUGUGUUAGCAUCGCCUAGAGUACCUACAUUUGUGUGCCAUGUCAGUCGAAUGUUUCAUGUGUCAGAUAAAUAUGUGUGUAUAUAUAGAUAUAUAUCCAAUUAAUACAUUACAUACUUACCACAUGUUGCUUAAAGGAAACAGUGUUUUGUGCAAAAGUAGAAUAGACAUUGCAUUUGUAUUAAAUAAAAUUUAUUACUCUGUUUAUUGCUCAACAAAUGCAGUUGUUUUAUGUUCAUUUAUAGUGGAUAUACUAUAUCCUCUCUCUCACACACAUAUGUUUAAACAAAACCAGGCAUGCACUCACACAAAAAGACAUUUAUCUGCUUAUUUCUCUUAAUAAGGUUG